AUGACAUCUGUUGAAAGAGGAGGAAAAUGUAUACUAUCACCAUCCAAUUGCAAUCACCCUCAAGAUCUCAAAGAGGAACAAGACGUCGAUGCUUUAGCAAUUAAGAAUCGAUCCCAGGGGAUCAUCAGCAAACCACCCAACCGACACCAUCGAGUAAGCUGUGCGGAUCUAGCAGCCGACAUUGGCGAUACGUUGGUUACCGAGGUCCGAAAACUUCGUGAUGCACAAACCAAACACUUGGAGCGUAUUGCCCAUCUUGAGACCAGCCUUACUACAUUACAGCAAGAGAAUCAAUUAUUGAAACAAAAGUAUCAAAAACUUGAGAAGGAUCAAGAGCAACUCAAGGAUCAAGAGUGGUCCUUGGAAAUUGCACGUCAAGAAUUGCAAGAUCAGCUAGACGCCAAGGAUGCCAUGGUGACACGGUUGUCAAGCGAAAAGACAAAGUUGCUGAAAGAGCUGCAAAGCAUGGAGAUGGCCAAAGCAGAAGACGACAAUAAUAGUGCCACUGCAUCCCACUUGCAUGAACAACGGCGCCAUCGAUUGAUCACCGAGCUGCAACAACUUAAAAAGGAAAAUGCAACCUUGCAGCAACAAUUGAAUGAUGCAAACAACAACACCAAUCCAACCCAUCAUAACAAUGACCAUCCCCAUGUACAAUCUACUACCACCCAUCACCAUCAUCAUCAUGUGGAGAUAGACAAGCUUAAACAAUCAUUGACACAAGCUCAUCGUACCAUGACAAACCUCCGUAUGGCAUUACACAAAGAGAAAAAGGAGCGCAUGGAAACGGCUAAGUUGCUUGCCGAGAGCCAGGAUACCAUCGAAGAGUUGACAGCAACACCACAUGACUUGAAUCACAAGCGAAUGAGCGGGGAUAAGGUGCUGAAACAUCAACACAAUGAUGACAAUGACACAAGCGACAAAGAGGAGGAGGAGGCAUGUGACACAACAGCAUCACUUGACGUUCUUCCCACAAAAUCUACAACACUCUUCAAUGAGCUCCAACAAAGCAACAAUGUCCUAUACCCAACAUACGACAAGGAAACGCAAACAGAGGGUGUAUUGGAUCACGUGGACAUUGGUAUCCAGGUCGCAGUGCCUGAGAAUGAUGAUGAUGAGGAGCAACAGCAUCACAGCUAUUUGGAUUCGCUUAAACGCGUAUGGAACGAAAGCAGCCUUAGUCUCAAGCAUGCCAUGAGUUCCCAUUAUGCCUCUUCUGAUGAUGUGAGAAGAGAACAAGAGGAUACACCUAAUCCACAACCUAUCAUCUCAUCCAACCAUUCUUCCAAAUUGGCAACGUAUGCAGCAAAGUACAUCAACAAUCAUUUCCCACAGCCUGUAGCUUCAGUCUCCAUGCAGCAUCCUAGCGCACCACAACCACCAAUGAGGAGGAUGCCACCACCAGGAUCCAAUAAUCAUGAUGACCUUCCCAACAAGCCAACACCAUCCGUCUCCGACACAAUGGCAGGAUCAAGUAUUCACAAGCAUCACAUCAUGUCCACAACUACCACUACCAAUGACACCGAGCAGGAAGAUAUCGAUCCAAAGGUGAUCCAAGCCUUGACUCAUGCUAUGAUUGGUGAUUGGAUAUACAAGUAUACACGACGCUAUGUAGCAGGCAAGACAGGCAAUCGACGCCAUUAUCGAUAUUUUUGGAUCCAUCCCUACACCAAAACGCUCUAUUGGAGCUAUACACAGCCUGAUGUUGAUCAUGACGAAUCAAGAUCCAAGCGAGCUUUUAUCCGUGACGUAUACAACAUCCCGUGCCCACAACCCUCCUCCACACCUUUCCAUCUCAUGGUACGCACACCCACUCGCGAUAUUGUAUUGCAGGCCAAUGAUAUCGAGCAACAUCAACAAUGGCUUGUGGCGUUUUGUUUCUUAUUGGGUAAACCAAUCGAUGAUGUUGCUACCACCCUCCAUCCAAGCCCAUUGCUACAGUCAUCAGUGAGCUUGUCGCAUCGCUUCUCACGAGGCUAUUCUCCAUCCACGUGCAACAAUAAUAGCUCCCUUUUAACCACAAGCUCCAUACUUCAGCAUAGCACCUGCUCGGAUGUUGAUGAUGACUGGGAUGAUUCGGAAGAUGAGCUUAUCAAUAUACGUCAAUGUUGCAAUGGAAAGCAUGAUAUUUCAAAACUCGCUCGAAAUUAA